GGGCUGCGGCGGGGGCCCGGCUGCGGGCGGGUCGGGGUCGGGGCCGGGGCUGCGGCGGGGCCUCCCGCAGGACCCGGCGGUGGCGGGGGAGACCAGGGGGGCCUCGCUGCUCCAUGUCGGUCCCCUCCUGUGGGAAAUAUGAUCAGCGCCCCUGACGUGGUGGCCUUCACCAGAGAGGAGGAGCUGGAGGAUGAGCUGUGCAGCGAGCCGCCCCUGCCCGAGGAGUACUCGGUACCGCUCUUCCCCUUCGCCAGCCACGGCGCCAACCCCUGGGCCAAGGUUGCCAGCUCCAAGUUCACCCGGGACUUCAUCCUCAUCUCCGAGUUCUCGGAGCAAGUGGGGCCCCAGCCCCUCCUGACCAUCCCCGAUGACGCCAAGGUGUCAGGCACUUUCGAUCUUAAUUAUUUUUCCCUUCGGAUCAUGUCUGUGGAUUACCAGGCUUCCUUCGUGGGGCACCCUCCCGGCUCUGCCUACCCAAAGCUGAACUUCGUGGAGGAUUCCAAAGUGGUGCUGGGGGACUCGAAGGAAGGUGCCUUCGCGUACGUCCACCACUUGACUUUGUAUGACCUCGAAGCCAGGGGUUUUGUGAGGCCCUUCUGCAUGGCCUAUAUUUCUGCUGACGAGCACAAAAUCAUGCAGCAGUUUCAGGAACUCUCCGCUGAGUUCUCCAAAGCCUCUGAAUGCCUAAAGACGGGGAACAGGAAAGCUUUUGCUAAUGAGCUGGAAAAGAAACUGAAAGAUCUCGACUACACUAGGACUGUCCUGCACAACGAAACCGAGAUACAGAAGAAAGCCAACGACAAAGGGUAUUACACAACUCAAGCCAUUGAGAAGGCCAACGAGCUGGCCAGCGUGGAGAAGUCUAUCAUUGAGCACCAAGAUCUGCUGAAACAAAUCAGGUCAUAUCCCUACAGGAAGUUGAAGGAGUCCGACUUCCACCCCUAUGAGCCAGAGUGUGCGCUGGAUCAGGCCAACGUGGGCUGCGAUCAGGACCUGACUACCUCCGAGCCUGGCGAAACGCACGUUUAUGCCCACGUGCCAUCCUAUACCCCCAAGCUUAUCAAAGCAAAGUCUGCUAAGUGCUUUGACAAGAAGCUGAAGACACUGGAAGAACUCUGCGAUAUUUAUUUUUUCACUCAAACCCUUGACCAGUUGCAUCAGAUUGAGAGGACUUUCAGAGGUGACGUGUGCUACCUCCUGACAGACCAGAUCAGCAGGGCGCUCUUAAAGCAGCAAAGUGUAACUAACUUCCUCUUUGAGGAUGUAUCUUUUCUGGAUGAAAAACCACCUGAAAAACAGUACAGAGGCUGCCAGGGGCUCAGUCAAGAUGCCAUUGAUGGAAAGUGUUUGGAAGAGUCCCCUGCUCCUAAAGUGGUCAUCAGCCUGGGAUCCUACAAGUCCAGCGUGGAGUGUGUGCCCAUCAAGAUGGAGCAGGAAAUCGAAGACUCCCAAGAACCCAAAAUGACCGAGUCUGUCACGUUCGAACACCAGGAGAACCUGGACUAUCUUGACACAGAUAUCAAAGGCAGCAUCAGUAGUGGUGAGAGCAUCGAGGUUCUUGGAACGGAGAAGUCUGCAUCUGGCUUGACAAAAUCGGAGAGCCAGGCCAGCCUACCCAUCAGCCCCAGUCCCCAGGUGGGCAGGAGCAAGGUGAGCAGCCGACGGACCGUCAGCGAGGACAGCAUCGAGGUUCUCAGCACAUGUCCCUCCGAGUCGCUCAUCCCGGAAGAUUUCAAAGCGAGCUACCCAAGUGCCAUUAACGAGGAGCCUUAUGCGGAUGAUGAAGAGGGAGGCCUUCGUUUCACCCCCAAACUAAACCCAGACAACGCCGAUGAGCAGGAUGAUGUUUCAAACCAGGAAAACUUAGUACAGGUUGACUCUGCCUGUUGUAUUGGGAAGGAGAGUCCCAACUUCCUCGAGCCUCUGCCUGACCUGGGACAGAAGCCCUGCGAUGAGGAUGGGGUGGUCAGGAUCCCCCCGCAGCCGUACCGGCAGGCCGAGCAGGGGCUGCACGGAAGCUUUGGGGGUGUCCCCUCCCAUGACAGCAUCUCAGGGGGGCUCCUUCCCUAUGAGCUUGACUCGCGCUACCUGACAGGCAGCAGGGAGGUCAGUAAGAGCAGCCUGGACGAGUGCUCAGACUCCACAAGCUAUAUCAGCAGCGCCGCCUCCACGUGCUCUGACAGGACCCCUUCUCCUGCUCAUCUCGCCUGUCCGGCGAGUGAAAAGCACAAAAAAAAGGCUGGCCAGAACGCGCUGCGCUUCAUCAGGCAGUACCCCUUCGCUCACCCCGCCAUCUACUCCCUGCUCAGCGGGAGAACCCUGAUCGUGCUGGGGGAAGAGGAAGCGAUAGUGAAGAAGCUUGUGACGGCGCUCUCCAUCUUCGUGCCAAACUGUGGCAUUUACGCCAAGCCCGUGAAGCACUGGGUCACUUCCCCUCUGCACGUUGUGGAUUUCCAGAAGUGGAAGCUGAUCGGACUGCAGAGGAUGGUAUCACCUGCCGGGGUGAACGUGCUGCACGCUCUGAGCCGAUACAGCCGGUAUGUUAGCAUUCUGGAUGCUGACAGUAAGACUCUCCGCUGCCCGCUCUACAAAGGCACCUUGGUGUCCCGGCUGGCAGACCACCGCACGCAGAUCAAACGAGGAAGCACCUACUAUAUGCACGUCCAAAGUAUCCUCACCCAGCUGUGUUCAAAAGCCUUCCUCUUCACCUUCUGCCAUCAUUUGCACCUUCCCAUCAGUGAAAGGGAACCGGAGGAAUCCGUUGUGAAUCGCAGGAUGAACUUUCUGAAGCUUCAACUAGGCCUUGCCAAUGAAGAUAUCAAAAUUGUACAGUAUUUAGCUGAGCUGCUGAAGCUGCAGUACAUUCAGGAACCCGGCCAGGGGGUGAACCCUCUGCUCAGAUUUGACUAUGUUCCCAGCUUUUUGUACAAAAUCUAGCCUCGUGUGUGGGCUAUCUGCCUGCGUACUCAGAGUCUGACAAAGAUCAUCCGUGCUUGACAUUGACGCUGUCUGCAGUAGCUCUCAUAUGUCAGGAAGGGGUGACGAAGCUGAUGUGUUUGCAAGCGUCUCUGCUCCACAGAAAUCGGUGUCUGAGGGACCGGAUUUCUCUGUGGUUCCCUCUAGCCAAGAACAUGUUCCAUCACAUAAAACACCAGGCACUCUGUUUUUAAAUGUUACAAGGGGCACUAUUAACUUUUAAAGCAUAUCAUGGCAGCAUCCCGGGGGAUAAUGGCGUGGAGAGAGAGGUGGGCUGUAUUGGGGAUCAAUACUUACUAGUGUGCAGCCCCCAAAAUAAUGCAGUGCUCCGCAUGCUUCUGCCAGAGCCCUAAAUGCUGUUGGUCCCUUCUGUGGUGCCAGGGCAGAGACCAGAGAGGAGAUGUAAAGGCCACGUGAAGUUUUUUAAUCCACCAGUAUCUCGUGUGAGAGUAGCUUGGAAGCUCCCUGACAGGGUGGCAGCUUGUAGUUACCUGUCUGUGUGCAGCAGUAGCGGAUGGUUUCCCUUCAUGCGUUUUUCUGAGUUUCCUGGUGUUUCCCAGGACAGGUUGUCCCUGAGCGGGUGGGAGAGCGGUGGAGGCACAUAUGCUUCUCUCCAGAAGGUGUUUGUCAGUUUGUCUCAGCCGUGUUAAAAUCUGGAAUGUGGAAGGACUCCUUAACGCUGGUGAGCACUGAGGUGCCCGCUGCUGUGAAUGUAGAGCGCUGUGCCUUGAUAAUUUGUCACAUCCUGUUUGCUGGGCAACCUCCGAGAAGGGUGGGAGGGAGACCGGGAAUCCUUAAAGCAUGUGAGGUCGAGGGUGGCCUUUUAGGUAGAGAGGGGAACUGAACAGAGUGGGGGGAACCCCCAUUUUUAGGUGCUUUUUGUGAUGGGGAAACAAACAGUGCAAUUCAGCUGAAGCCAUGCUGUGAGACAGCAAGCUGGUAGAUCAGGUUGCCUGGCUGGUGGGUGACUAGUGCUCAGGACAGAUCGGGAAUGAAUGUACUGGAUUCCACAUCAUAUCCGUAGUAGUUUUUGGUUUGUUAUUUUUGUCAAAUAGUUAACUUGUGUGCUUUGCAGUACAGCAGGGUCAGCGUUGCUGCAUGCUGCUUCUGGCUGAGCCUUUGUCGUGUCUCGACUACCUCUCCCAGGGCGCUCCUGGGUUAUUCUGGACGGGGCAGAACUGCUGCUCUCUGAGCCUGGAUGCUGAGGGCUUUCCUUUCGAAGCUUCUGCGCCACUGCCUGUGCCAUAAAGGUGUGGUGACACUCACAGAUUGUUGCUUUCAGUGCUGAAAGCUUUGUGGCGGGGCACAGCACUUCCUUCUGGUCUCGUAGGAGAUGCUGCUCCUCGGCCACUGGUCCAGGCUCCAGUUUGCUCUGUCCAGUGCCAUGUGGUGGCAGCAGCCCCUGUGGUACUUCUUGCUAGGAAAGAUGGCCUUGGUUUUAUUUCUUUUUAUCACUUUUCUGAUUAUGGGGUGAGAACAGCUGAGAUCUUACAAGAUUAGCUGAAGCGUUGUUUGGAGGUUUUUUCUGAACCUCUGUUUAUUGUGAUGGUGUGAGGCCAUGCUGGAGGUGAACGUGAUGUUCCUCCAUACUGGGGAAGCUUCUGUGUACAGACUGGGGUUCGUAAGCGUGGCUUAGACCCCACUGAAACUUGCUGUGAGAACCGCACUGCUCCGAAAGCUGUGUCCUGAAGGCAAGGAGGCUCCUGGGGGACGCUGUUGUCUGGCACCAGCAUCUGCACUUCAGUACUGCUGCCACCCCUUUCUCUCACCUGGAAAGGGCAGUCUGGGGUAGUGCGGGAGGUAUAAACCAACAGGGCAGAAAGGCUCUUUUAAAUGUUAGUGUUGUUUCUGGUGGCUUACAGUGAGGCCAGCUCAGCCAGACAAGGUGAGCCCGUGGUACUCUCCAGAGGGAUUUCCAAGGUCAGGGUUGCUUGUGAUGGUGUUUUUAGAUCACAGUUGGGAAGCAGUGUGGCGUCGCCUUCGCUGAAGGUGAGCGGUGUGUCUGUGCGUGAGGCUGCGCAUCUUUAAAGCACAUUUAAAGGCCUUUUCCUUUCCUGUCUGUGCCCCCCUGUCACAUGUGAACGGAGUCUGCUGGUGAAAGACUUCCAUGUCCAUCGAAAACACCUGCUUUCUGAAGUAACUUGAGGUGUCUCCCUGUUGAUUCGUGUGCACCUGAACUGCUUCUGCACUGAAGCUGAGGCAAGAUCCCUCGGGGGAAGAGGCAUCUUGGUGAAUGAGUAAUGCAGGUGACACCGGGCAGACCAAAGCUCCCUGCAUCCUGCCUGACCCACAGCCCUGGAGAAGAGCUCAGCGCGGGAGCUUGUUUCCUGCUGUUUGGGUUUGAGGAGGGAGGGAUGGACUUUUUUCCUGCUGACUGACUCACAUCUUACUCCAGGCUGACAACGAGGAGCGGGAUCGAUGAUUAGUGUUGGCUGAUCUCUUAAUCACAGUGGUCUCUACCUGUGGUGUUCAGCUGCACUCAUAAAUUGAUAAAUAACUCACUUCUCGUUGCUCCCUCUAUCAAACCUGUAGUAUCUGAUAUGCAAGGCUGUGUUGAGCAAUACUUGCACUACCACCUGUCUGACCUGCUUCAUCUCUCUGCCAUAAAGCAGCUCUGAUUUGGGAGGAUGCCCUGGGGGCUUUGCUGGGAUAUCAGCCGUUUCAAAACUGGAGCUCUGCACUAUCUGCAACUCUGCUCUUAAGCAGGAGCUGUGGGGAAACACGCCUUGGAGUACUUGUCCUCCUAAAGCUGACUCACAGCAGGGUAACCUCUGAGCUCGGACUCCUGGAAAGGGGGGAGUUACAUCGGGCUGUGGCACCUUGGUGCAGCCGGAGCCCAGCCUGCCCUCGCUGCUUGCGGUGCCCGUAAGGGUGGCAGAAAUCGGGGCAGUCUGAGUGCAGCUGGUGGCUCGGGAGCUGAAUUCCUCUUUGCUCAGUAACUUCUCUGCCUGGCCUUCUGCUCCUGUACAGUAAUGAUCCCUAUAUUGGCACUUUAAGACUUUUUACUCAUCUUCACUGUGUUACCUCACUAAUUUCGGAUAUUAGCAGACUUAUAACAAGUUACGAUCUUCACACUAACAGCUCCUGCGAUGAAUCUUGGCACGCGUGUUCGUCGGCUUGCACUGCCUGAGCGCCGCACGCUGCCGUCCAGCCAUCCUUCCACCACGAGCAGGGCGGGUUCCUCGCAGCCACAGUGCAAUACUCAACAGCCCUCCCGCACCCACCGUCCAGCCGCCAGAGCCAGUGGUGCUGUGCAUGGCCAUCGCCUGCUUCCUGUGAGUGCAGCCAGCAUGCCCCUGCCUCCCACGCUGCCGGCUCUGGUCACUCCUCUCUCUCUGCUGGCUGUCGGGGAGGGGAGGUUUUAAGCCUGAUGGAGAAUUCAUCAGAGCAAAGGUCUCCCCUGGCCAUCCGCUGCCUGGCCGGGAGGGCAGGGCUCCUGUUUCUUACUCCUGCGCCAGGAGACAGACUGCCAGCUCCUGCUCUACACUACACUAGCCCGCUGCUUUCAGCUCCCACCCCAAGGAGGGUCAGCCAUAGGAGUAGGUGAUAUUAACCCUACACAGGUUUCAUUUCUCAGAGAGUAGUGCUCGGAUUUACUUUCAUCCAGUAGCAAUCACUUCUAAGCAGCUCCCAAGCUGUCUUGCCUUGACUAGGGAAGUACUGCCUAUACUCUAGCAAUAUUCACCACUUUGUAAAGGGUGGGAGAGGCGCUUGAGGGGUGAGAGCCAAUGGCUCCAUCCCCCCAGGCCAGUUCUUUGGUUUUCACUGAGUGUGGGGGGCCCUGAGCCCCCUGGUCUGGUGGUGGGUGACAGCCCACACUGUGGAGUCAGCAUCUCAGAGCUGGGCAGGACCUGGGGCUUUAGCAGCGCUUUGAAAAGGCUCUGGUAAUAAUAUGGGGCAAUGGGAAAUUCAGCGAGCUGCCCAGGCUGAAGGAGAGUGCCUGCUCUGCGCUGUGCCCCAGUAGCACAAUGUCAGAGCAACAGACCGUACCCCGAUAGCGGAGGGGUCACAACCCCACCGCAUGCCAGUCCCCGAGACGCGUUUUAACUGGAAGGCAGAAACAGGGUACCCGGUCCCGCUGGCCGCCUCGCUGCCAGCACGGGGAUGGGGCUGGGCCGAGGGCUGCGAGGAGGCUGUGAUGAAUUCUCAUCCUAUUUUAAAGCACUGUAUCCUAUUACUGCAUGUUGAGUUACGUGUGUGUGCCUGUGCGUGCCGAAUGCUUGCGUCAGUAGUUAGAGCGAGUGUGACCGGGAGAAAUCCAAGAAGCAUGUCUUAGUGUCGUGCUGUAAGUGUUACUGCACAAGAGUUUAACAGAUGUUAACACCAAAUGACUAGUCUGAGAAAUGUACUUUUAAAAAAAAUUAUUUAUUUGGGUUCAGAUAUUUUUGAAAUACAAAAAAAAAAAAUUGGUUGUAUUUUUUAAAGCUUAUAAUUCUUGUCAUACAUUGUGGUUAAAUUCUUAAUUUUACCGUGCUUAUUAAAAAAUGGUUCUACGUAA